GAGAAGUAAUAAACUACGUAAACUCUUAACAUUCGACAUGGGUUUUUAUAUGUGAAAUCUAACACGUUUUUCCGAGUUGGUGAGCGCAAUGGGUCCAUCAGGAGAUAAAAUUAGCCCAGAACUGAAGGAUCUGGUCGCAGACACUCGAGAAAAACCUGAAAACAAGGUUAACGACGUGCUUUCAAAAUUAAAAGAUCUGGUAGGCAGGAAGUCUUUAGGAGAUCAGAGGGAUCUGGAGGCAUGCAAACAGAGUCUUUACUCUCAUGGUGUGCUGCAGUACUGCUCCUCUUCCCUGAGAUUCAGUCCAGCCAAGAUCCACGGAGGCUAUGCGGUUCUGACACAGAUGGCAGACCUCCUCAGCACAUGCUGUGUGGGUCUAGGCGCUUUCAGAGACAUGGAUGUGUUUGAUUACGAUUUUCUCCCUUCCGUGGUGGAAAGCCUUCUUUUUCUUGCAGACCGUCUAAUGAACAGAGCUUUGCUUGACAAGGCACAUAAUGAGAUCAUUCGUUUUUUUAGAAAAGUCUUUGAUUCGAUUGGCUGGCUCCUCAGGGCUCAUACAUAUCUCAUUCAUCGUGUCCUGAGAUCUAAACAUUAUGAGAACAUCCAAAUCUGUGAAGAUGACGACGUCUCCAUUGUUACUGUCACCAUGUGGAACAAUAUCUUCAGGGCAAACGGGUAGCUGUUGCAGCUUGAAAUGGGAAACAGGGCUCUGACUGAAAUCAUGGAUGAUAUUGUGUAUAAAUGUCCAGUUUGCUCGAAUCCUGUGAUUGGCAGAGCAGGUAAGACCCUUGUUCUGAUUAUGGACCACAGCAGCUCAACCCAUCAGCUCAUUCACAGGCGAUACAGAGGUUUGGCUGAUUUGGCUGUGAAAGACUGUCGUGGUAAAGGCUUUGACUCUGUACUGGAUCAGCUUAUUGAUCACUUUUGCGGUCCAGAUCGUCCCAUGGAGAGACACUACAAGGAGUCAUCUGAGGAGUAUGUGCGAGCAGCUUGUAUUGUCCAGGCAGCCUGGAGAGCCCAUCAGACCCGAAAAAGACUUAAGAAACUCCCCAGAGCAGUCAGCGCAAUACAGCGCAGCUUCAGGGAUAAGCGCAGGCGACAACAGGAACACACCGAGAGGCAACGCGCAGAAGAAGAAUUACGCCAUCAAGUGUGUCUGCGAAGACAGAGAGCCAUGAGACAGUUCCGCCAACACCAGCUUCAUCUGAUGGAGAUACUACCAGCUGCCCAGAUAGAGAGAUACCUGGUGGAGAACAAGGCAGCCGUGCUGAUUCAGAGAGUAUGGAGAGGACACAGAGAGAGACGCAGUAGCUUCCAGCAGCACAGAUACAUUCUCAGACAGCAUAGAGCUGCUGUCACUCUACAGAGAGCCAUUCUGCAGUUUUUAAAACGUCGUAGAGCACAAAGAAGUAUUCUCACGCCGUUAAAAGGACCCAAAGGACUGACUGACAGCAGAAGAACGGAGCUCAGGCAACACAUACAGGAGCACAUCUCUACAUCCAAAUUAUCAUCAGUGAAGUCAGCAGAGGGGAGUGUGGAGCUCCAUCAGAGAGCACAGAGUCUCCUGCACCAGCACCUGAUCCACAGAGAUGCCGCCGCCGCUGAAGGAUGCCAGAGCGGAGGAUGUGAAUCUGUUCCUGAGCCGCUCCUGCCCUGUGGGCCACACGCUACCUGGUCUAAUCCCACAAUGCCUUGA